AUGAGCUCUUCCACGCCCGUUCACGAGCCCACGCACCGCAAACGCGAGCUCCCCCAGAGCGAACUCGAAGCUACCGCCCAGCUCAAGCUCGGCGAAUUCCAGCAUGUUCCGACCCUGUCUCUGUCCGAAGCUCGACUGGUGAUCAACAAGGUCCUUGACCUGCGGAGGAAAGGAGAGAGCAAGUUUGAAGAGCGAGAGCCGCCCAUGAUGCUAACGCCGAUUUCGCUCGCCGGCAGGACCCUGGUCAAAACACAGGACUAUCUCGAAGUGUUUGCCAGAUUCAAAGAGAAAGAGAACAUCGAGGCUGUCGAGCGACUUCUCUCUGCGCAUACGGAGCUGGAGUUCUUUGAGCGGUCACAACUAGGGAGUCUAUGCUGUGAUAACGCCGAAGAAGCCAAGUCCCUUAUCCCGAGUAUUGGAAACAAGAUCUCGGAUGCAGACCUGCAGGAGCUCCUAGACGAGCUCACCAAGCUGCGAAAUUUCGUGGAGUGA